AUGUACGGCAGAGUAGCAAGGGUUGAACUAAAGAGCAUUAAAAUAGUAGAUUCGUCAAAUGAACCACUUCAACCAUUUGCAAAGGAUCAAAGCGGUCAUGAUGCUCAAAAAGAAGAUCAUCAUGCUCAGAAUUCCCUGAAUAGUCCAAACAGAUUAGAUUAUUCUUUGUUAAAAAAUACAGAAUUUGAUACUAAAAUACCAACCGAUUUAAACACCAAUUAUGAAAUGACUCAGACUGGAAAUCCGUCUGGAUCCCAAACUGGAUCCCAAACUGGAUACCAAACGGGAUAUCAAACUGGCUAUCCAACUGAUUAUAAGUAUAAAACUGACAAUAUCGACAUUUUGAAAGAAAUAAAUAAAGGCAACCAUUUUAAAAUCGAUAAAGAAAAAACAAAUCCUGACUAUGACGUAUUCUUUCAAAAUGAACUAAAAGGAGCAAAAAAAUGUAGUAAGCAAAAAGUGCGAGUGUACUACGAUGAGAAAGAAGCUAAUAGGAAAAUUCGCAGUGCAGUUAAUACGUAUGACGCUGAUAAGUUUUGUGAGCAAUUCUAA